AUGUCUACCGUCUCCUCUUCCGCUUCCUCUUCUCGUUUAUCUUCUACUUUACACACCCCCGAGUCCCACCAUAGUCUUCUCGUCAAUGACGACUCAAUGCAUGCCCCGCCUUCUCCAGCACCUUCGUCCUCCUUCAAAUCUUCAUCAUCAGGAUCGGAUUUCAACCCCACAAAGGAUGACGAAGAAAACAUAACCGUCACAGCCAAGCGGCUGCCCCCCAUACCCCCCUCAGACUCGCGACAGAGCUUCGACGACCUCCAACUGCUCGCCAUCUCGACGAACAUCACAGAACUCUCCUACAGCAUCUCCGACAUCCAGACCCGUAUCUUCGAAAUCCAAGAACUCCGACACAAAUCGCAGUCCUCGAAUGAUCUCUCCGCCUCCACCAGCGUCAUCGACCAGUCCCUCAUGGCUCUCGACGAACGUCUCGAGUCCGUCGCUAAUGGCGUCAAAGCCGUCACCGCCUCCAUCCAACCUCUUCUCAACUCUCCGUCUCCGCCAACGACGACGAACGGGUCCACAGAGCGUGAUUCGAGCGCCGAUGACGAGAAGGCGUUACUCGUGCGGAAGCAUGCGGCGUUUAUCGCGGAUUGGGAGAGCGUGCAGGAGGAGAGCGAUGUGUUGAGAGAGGAGCUUAAGGAGGAUAAGUGGUUGACGGUGUUCAGGACGGUCACGGAACAGGCGGAUGGGAUGAUGACCAGUCUCGAGAAAGCGGUCAAUCGAUGUCAGGAAUUCGUAUUCCAAUUCCAACGACAUGGCGGAGAUGAAGGCGUAUCGUCAUCCCAAUCGCAGCCAAUGGUGGGCACAACACGUUCCGAGGGCUCGCCAAUGAACAUCGACGUCUUCAACCAGCUUUCCGACUCGUUCGAAGCCAAGAAGAAACACUACAUGCCUGCUACCACAAAGGUACUCUCCAUCAUCGACAAGGGCGUUCAAGACCGCGUGACGAAGAACGGCGAAUGUCUCCGUCGGCAUGCAGAGUCCACCCAACGCUGGAAAGUCCUUCGGGAUCGAAUAUCGAGAACAGACGCAGAGAUGGAAUCCGUCCGUCAGCUCCUCACGACGGAAAUCACACCCAGCGAAAGCGGGUCGACGACUUCGGGACCCACGACCGCGACCACUGCGACGUCCAAGACGAAGAACGGCCUGCUCACCCCUCCGAACGGCUCGUCUUCGGUCAAGAAACGCAUGAGCACCGCGAACGCCCUUUCAAGGUCGAUGUCCCCCUUCCGCACCUUCGCGAAGAAGUUCUCGAGCAACAACAACAACAACACCACCUCCAACACACCGAAAUCCAUCGCCGUCACACCCGAAGUUCAGCCAAGGAGACGAGAACCGUCGUCGGAACCGAACGUCCGCCAUCGUCAGUCGAUAUUCGCGUUCCGGACGAGUCAGCCCACGACGCCCAUCACGCCCGAACGACCGGGGCACAAACACGCACAGUCUCUGACCCCCGAAGCGUCCCCGUCGAGCAGCCACAGAACAACGGACGCGAAUCUGACGGUGAAGGGUCGGCCGAGCACGUCGUCGACCACACCGUCAAAGCAGCCGUGGAACAGCUCGACGAAGGUGCAGUUGCCGGAUCCGGAUCGUCUCGCGAGACGGAGGACGUCGUCUACGAAUUUGGCGUCGAGGUUCCAGGGCGGGGACGUCCCGCCUGUGCCGACGAAUAGCGCGAGUUAUCAGCGUAGUGUUUCGAGGAGCUCGAUGGGGUCGUCGAGGCCUUGGUCGCCUGUGACGUCCUCGGUGUCUACGGCACCUUCGUCCACGCCUUUCCAGAGACCUCCGUCAAGGACACAGCAGACGCCUAGCAGUAGUCGAGUGUAUCAGAGACCACCAUCGAGAUCGAAUACACCGAGUGCAGCCGCGACCGUCGCCGCACGGUCAACACGCCCAAGAACGCCGUCCAAUAUCCCUAGUCCUGCAGGUCAUCAUCGAACGAUGACAGGGACCGCGCUAUCCGACGCAAGCUGGGACGAUGACGUCGAGAAUCAAACAUCACUCAUGCAACGCGCGUUCUCACCCGCCCUCUCCGCGUCCUCGUCCGCACGUUCGGGCGCACCACCACCACGCUCCCCACCCCGCUCCCAAACCCCAGGCGGGACAAGAUUACCAGGCCCACGACCCCCAAGCCGCUCGAUGAUCCCCGCGCCCGUAUUCCACUUCUCCUCGCCCUCACGCCCGGGGUCCGCCAUGUCGGAAUACAUGGAUCAUAGUCCGGGCCAUUCGAAUUCGUCAGCGUUCAGGAAUAGCGCGAUGAGGGCGCAGACGCCUGAGAAUCUCCUGAGGUCGAGGGCGGCGCAGGUGCCGUUCGUGACGGGGUUGCCGACGACGCCGGGGGGCAGUCCGGCGUAUAAUACGAGGACGAUAAGGCCUGGACAUGGUGUAGGUGCGGGAGGCAUGAUUUCGAAUGCGCCGUCGUCGUUUCGGAAUACGGAGUCUUCUUCGUCUCGCGCGCCGUCGCGGUCGGGAUCGCGUGCGGGUGCGUACACGCCGAUGCAGGAUAAGGAUAUGGCGCCGGUGCAUAUAUAUACGCCGGGGAGCAUGAAGGAUCCGUUGGAUACGGAGGUGGCGUCGAUUGUGAAUUCGGUGGCGCAUGGGUUGUUGGUGGAGAGGGUGGAUCCGCCGUUGAGGAAGGCGCCGAAGGAGGGAGAGGAGAUUAUGGCGCAGUAUGCGUUUUCGAAUAAUUUGGGGAGGAAGGUCGUUACGGCGAGGUUGACGACGCUUAGUAGGGUGCAGGGGAAGGGGAUGGGGCCGGUGACGAAUAAGAAGGUUAUGGUUAGGGUGGGGGGAGGGUGGCAGGAUUUGCAGUUGUAUAUGCUGAACCGACAGGCGGGCAUGUAAGCUUCAGGCUGCGGAGUUCUGAGAUCAUCUGGCCAGGAAGCAUUCGAGUCGCCGAAUCCACCCCAUGCACCAUUUGUCCCUCCAUUCCCCCAGUACCGCACCGCAAACUCACCUCUCUCUCUCCUUCCCUCCCUCCCUCCUCGUUCGUCUACCGUCAUCUCCUCCUCGCCCUCGUCCUCGUCUGAUCACCAUGUUCGCUCAUCAUCUCAUCUCGGAACAAAGAAUCCCGGUCGUCUGUUUUGAAUAUGCAUUUUCCUCUUCCUCUUCCGUUUCCGUGUUCAGAUGUAUGCUUUCUUUCUUUCUUUUUUUUCAGUUGUUGGAUUUGGAGUCUAGCUCGUAUCUUUCUUUUCUUUAGUUUCUCUGUGUUUUGAGAUGUUCUGGAAGGAACUUUCGGGGUCUGGUCUGACACACUCUUUCGCUCGCUCUAUGUUCGUCUGCAUCCUCCCUCUACAUUCGUCUGCAUUCCCUCUUUACAUGUUCGUCUGCGCCCCACCCCACCCCUCCUCCUCCUCGCAUCCCCCUUCCC